UAACAUAAUGUAGAUAACACUUUACAGCUGUAUGUUAUUUACCGACAUAACAUUCAGUUUAUUGGAAACAAAAGUAGAAGUAUAAUACUACAUUCACAGGUGUAUAAGAUCACACGUUAUUAUGGCAGAUGGUAACUCUAGUGUCAAUCACAAUGUCCUUCAACAAAACUGUCGAGACAACUGGCCUAUCUGGACAUGCGUGUUUGGCAAUGUAAGCGGUAUGUGUAGCACCACGCUGUGGUUCAUAGUUCUACUUCCUCAAGUAUGGAAGAACUUCCGCCGGAAAUCAGUAGGAGGACUCAGUGUAUUAUGGGCCACAUCAAAUUUUACGGCAUCUUUGAUAAACUUAUUCUUUGUAUUCAUAUAUGCCAAAAUACCAUUGUAUGUACAGAUAAGUUCGGUGUAUUGUCCUAUUUUAGAAUUUGCACUUCUUGUGCAAUUUUGGAUUUAUGGAAAGUACCGAAAGAUACUGAAAAUAAUUUACGCUGCUGUGUGUGGUGUCAUGUGGGCAGUUGUUAUAGCUGUUGAACUGAUAUUCGAAGUGGAGAAUUUCAUAGAGUAUGUGGCAAUUGUAUUAUGGUGCAUAGAAACCUUUCCACAGGUGUUAUUAAACAUGAAGCUGCAAUCCACCAGUGGUCAGGCGACAGGUUCAGUUGUCAUUGCUAUGAUAGGAAAGACCACCGACUUUUUCGCUAACAACAUCCUUGUCAUGCCAAUUCAGUAUGUCAUCAUGUGCUAUUUUUCAAGCAGUGUAGCAUACGUCAACGGUUUCCAGGUAGCUUGGUACCAUGGCAAUGAUGAUCUUCCUGAAAUACCGGAUCAAACGAGGUCAAAUGCGUCAAACAAUCUAACGAUGGAAAGGAGUGUGUCUGGUAGCAAAUUGUCGUCAUCGUAUUCAAUAAACAAUGAUUUCCCAUCAGCUUUAUCUGCAUCACAAACAAAAUUGACAACUAACAUUCCCGACGGUCCCAAUAACGCUAAGCAUAUUUUUGUUGUUAGAUGGUUAUCAAUGGCAAUAAUAAGCUGUCUGCUGUUGAUGGGCGUAAUCGGGUUCACCCUGAAUGUAGAAUCUUUUCUUGGAUUAUUAGGACCAACCACAAUAGGACUUGUUCUAAUUAUUGCUCAUGUAUAUUUUACCUACUUUAAAAGGUCACAGUAUGCGCUGUCUUGACUUAUAAUAAUUCAACACAACAAAACAAUUUAUAUCCGUCUGUGUUUAAAUGCUGAAAGUUCUGUAUUUUAAUAAAAUGUGUCUAUUUUUUUCUGG